AGUCUUGUGCUGUGUGUGUGUGUAGAGAGGAGCGUGUGCGUAGAGCUGCAGAACAGUUAGACGUGUUUCUCUUGCAGAAAAGUUCUGAAGUGUUAGUGAAAGAUUAAGAGCCUGGAUUUAUAGCACAGGAGAAUAUGUGCUUGCCUGAAGAGGAAGAUUGCUGAAGGUUCAUUAUGCAGCUCAGCUACUCCUCUGUAGAUUUCCCUUUGCAGGGUUGAUCAUAUCAGGUGUGAGCAGGACCGGCACAACAGUUUCUGAUUGGAGAUAUUAAUGACUCUACUACCAACCCUCAGGCAACAAACAAAAAUCGUGUAAUGCUGAUAUUGUGGACGCUCCACUGCUGCCAUCAGAGGGUCCACAACCCCUCACCUGUGUUCCUGAGUUGCAGAUGUGUGUAUUGGCCACAUGGAGGCAGAGAGUCACGGUCACUCCGAUGGACCGUCCAGCUCCUGUCGAGCAGCUCUCGGCUGCUGCAGAGCUGCAGAUGCCGUUCUCAGACACAGUCAAGUACAUCAUCCUGGGCGUCUCCGUGACUCUACUCCUGCUGGCCCUGGGCCUCCUGGCCUGGCAGACCUUCAGAUGCUGCACCAACAAACACACCACACACACCCAGCAAGACACAGGGAACAGUGAUGAGCUGGACUCGGAUCAAAAGUCAACAACAGCAGGGGAGUGCUCAGGAGCUCCAAUUAUGCAGGUGGAGGACGUCAGCACUGAGGUUCACAGGCUGAGUCGUUGUUUGCCUCAGACCUCAGGAUCCAGCCAGGCGGAGGGAGACGAGGGAGAGCAGCUCAACGUUAAGAAGGUGGAUGGAUCGCUACGGUUCUCCCUCUACUACGACCAGCCGCAGUCCCGUCUGGUGGUCACCGUCCUGCAGGUGGAGGGGCUUCAGGAGCUCAGCCAGACUUGCUGCCUCCGGCCAUUUGUUAAACUGCGACUCAUGUGGGCAGGAUCAGAGGGAGCGGACGUGAAGGGCUGCAGGGGCGAGGAGGGUGAGGGGACGUCUCCUGCUCUGUGGACAGUGCUGCAGGAGUGGCAGACUCGCAUUGUGAAAGACAGCUGUAACCCUUUAUAUGGAGAUCAGUUCAGCUGCGUUCUGCAACAGGACAAAGACGCACUUCAUCACGUCAACCUCAGGAUGGAGGUGUGGAACUUUGAUAAAUUCUCCAGACACACAGUGUUGGGAGAGGUGAGGGUUCCUCUCGGGCAGCUCAACGUGUCCUACCCUCUGGAGCUGCACGAGGAUCUGCAGAUUCCCCAGAAGGAUCGUGUCGGUGAAGUGCUGCUGUCACUGAAGUUUCUUCCCACUUCUCAGAGGCUUGAGGUUGGUCUGCUAAAGGUCAGAACGGCCCCCACUGAGACAUGCUCAGAUUCUGCUCUGUACGUCAGGAUCAGUGUCCAGUGUAAUCAGUGCAAGCUCAGGUCGCAGAAAACCUCGGUGGUGGCCCGGUGCCGGGUUAGCGUCUUCAACGAGGUGCUCAUGUACUCACUGCCCGAGUUUCCUGUGGUGCAGUGUAAAAUCAUGAUCUACGUGUAUGAGACUCACACGACCUGGAAAUCACCCAAACAUCUGAUAGGACAGUUGACGGUGGGGAAGGAGAGGACUACGGAAGACGAGCACUGGAACUGGAUGAUGCGCUCAGUCCGCCAGCCUGUCGCAAGGUGGCACGGCCUGCUGAUCUGAGCUGCAGUUCAUAAACCCACUUCUUUAAUCUCCCCGCCCGGUUGUGUUUAAAGCCGUUGUUCUGCGUUCAGCUGUUGAGAGAUCGGCAGUUGUUUAACUGAAGGACAAACACGGACUCACUGAGACUCCAAAGUGACAGAGGAGUCACUCAGCUGAAAUCUCCUCAUUCACUGACAACGUUUAUUUUUAAAUCACAGUUAAUUGAAAAGGCUCUAAUUAUUUGACUCUUUCACUCCUUUCAUCGAGAUUACUUUAGCGUUGUACUGACUGUACCUGAUCAGUGAAUACCUCUUGUUUGUGUUAUUGUAAUAUUUAUCUUUAAGCUGUGUUGCACUACUGUACCUGUUUUUAAAAAUCAAUCCACCCAUAUCAUUAAAUCUUUAUAUUCCAGCUCUGGAGUCAGUAAAUUCACCAAUGCACUGAGAAUAAGAAGUGGGCCAGGACUUGACCCGGAAAACAUCCAGAAAAUGAAAUAACUUUCAACAAAAAAACAUAUUAAGGAUAUGUGCCCUUAUUGUGAAAUAAACCAUUGUGCUUAA